UAAUGCACCUCUAAGAUGGUAUGCCAACCUCCAAUAAACACCAAAGAAGAAGAAAAAGAAGAAGGAGAAAAGUGUUUAGAUGUCUCAAGAGAACCAACUGUUGACAAAUAUCGCGAUAUUUCCCCCCUCCCUAGCAACCAACUGUUGACAGAUCUCGCGAUAUUCCCUCCCUCCCCUAGCAACUGGAAUCGUUACCCUGGAUACCUGCUAGAUACAAGUUGGAUUAUCCUUCCUAUGCAGUCUCCGGAUGGAAACCAGCUCUGGUGCCCUGGCCAGUCCUUGUGGAGCCUGAUCGCUGAACAUGUCUCUGAGUCAGAGCUGCCAAAGAUCCACACAGCACUGGGCCACUCUCUGGUUGACAUGUACACAGAUGUGCACACUGAGGCGGAGAUGUGGUACAAGAUGUGGCAGGAGAGCCAGCAAGGGAUCAAUAGCAGCAGGACAGGGACCCCGCUCCCACGUCAGCAGGCCUCCCCUCUAGCCGACCCCCCUGCCAUCAAAGAGCUGGUGAGAGCCGAGGUCAAGAUGUUACUCCAGACUCUCAGAGAGAGAGCCAACAGGGAGGGAAGAGACAGUGAGGAGCUUGUGUUUCGAUACAAACCUGAGACGGUGGACUACGCCCUGGGUCACCUUGGCAGCUGUUCCAGAAACUUUACCAACCCUGGAGAUACUGAUGAUGGAAGCAGACAGAGCUCUCACUGUUCAGUCCAGCCCAUGGCUGAAGAUAAGAUUGAGGCAAUGAGAGACAAGCUGAAUGUCUCUGACAUUGACCAGGUGGUGGACCGCCUCAGGUCUGUUCUAAUGGAGGAAUGUGAAGCGUUGAGCAGGCUGAUGAAGCAUUUUAAGGGGAAUAUUAAACAAAAGUGUCUGAGCCAAUGUGAAUUUGAUAAAUCAGAGCCUACGCUUGCAGAGCUGAGAGAGCUAAGAGGAGCUAUACAAAUGGACUUGGAGCUCUACCCCUCUUCGCUUGCUGCUUCACCGUCAUCUUCCUCCUCUUUCCCUGUGAAGGAAUUGAAAAACAGGUUCAGACUGUCAGCAGGACAAAGCGUUUCUGAUGAGACUCUGCAAGCUUCAAGCACUCCAUCAACCCUAAGACCACAUCCACCUCCUCAUCUGAGCCUUCCUAAACCCAGGCCACCGCCGGGCGCUCCUCCUAGCAAGACCUCUGCAUCACUUAAACUAAUUAAUAAUUCUUCACUGUCUAGGACUCAUGGACAGCAUGGACGCACAUCAGCCUCCACUGGAGCUCGUAAAACAAAGAUACCUAUCUGCAACAGGAUCACCACAUCUGGGCAUGUGAGCCGCCAAUUCACCGCUUCACUACCAGGGUCUGACAGUGACGAGAUGAUGGUUAAAACCCACUGCAGUCUUUCUCCAGAGCAAGAUAGUGCCGGUCUCCACUGUAGGACCCCGACUUCUAGUCCUAGUUUUCAAAUAGAAAAUCCAAGAAACUCACCCAUCCACGAAACCAGUCUGUCAUCCCAUCGCAGUAUUCAUAGCCCGAGCAGAAAGUGUGAUUUGUCAGAGACGGAGAGAAAAAGCAGCCCUGACUGGAAGUCAAGAAACAUCAAUACUAUCCCCUCAUCCCCUCGCUGUGAGGAUGCAGGCAGUUACAGCAGCAAUAGUACUGACCCUUCUGUGUCAACGACGCGGAAAUCAAAGACACAAAAUGAGCAACAGAAUAGUACCUGCGGAGGUAGUUUAGUGUCAACAACAGAUCAUGUCACAAGGAAGAGUUCUUCUGAGAGAUUUAAGUCUGAGACUGGGAGCUCUCCUGCAAAAACAGGAAGUAGGAAGAGCAACGUUGGAGUUAAUAGAAAUCUAAAUGGUCAUCUUGGGAAGGACGUCACCCAACAGCAAAGCCGUGUAGCCGCAUGCACACAACCAGAGCCUAUACGGAUAAAUGGACAAAUCUUUACUUCCCCCAAAAGACCGCUUCAGGGCACCACAAGUCAGCUGAAAGGAGUCCAAGAGACACAGACCGAGCUGGAGUUCAUCAGCAACUUUUACCAGCCAGUCCCUCCUUCAAGGGUGUCAACUUGAAGUCGGCCACAGACCAGACAGCUGAGGCUGAAACAGGAAGAUAGUCUGAGUCUGUUGCAGGAAAAAUGCAAGGGAUGUCUGGUAUUUUGUUUUAUGAGAUUGCAAACUAUUGAACAUACUGUACCCUUUGGAAACAUCACACACUCACUACUGUAUUAUAUUUGGGAGCAUAACUACUUGACAGUUGCAUAAAUUGUUUUACUCUGGAAUAAUUUCACAGCGGUGUCUGGUCCUUGCAGGGUUUAAUUUCCGUAAAGCAAGAAUUAAAAUGAA